AGCAAUUUCACAGUUAUAUUUAACCAAACUCACACAUGAUCCAUGUACUAUUUGCCUCAGCUUCAGUGCUCACACCAAAGAUUUAGAGUCUAGCUUUCCAUAAGGACUGAUAAACAAAAUCAGAAGGUGCUAUGAAGACCCUUUGCAGCUUCUUGCUUUUGAGUGCUUUAGUCCUUUGCGUAAUGUUGCCACCUGCAAGUCUGGAAGUGCAAUCAGGUAAGUACAAGAUAUGCCCAAAACAAAAUAAUUGCAAAUGUCUUAAUUGUCAACCAGAUAGAUGCAGAAAUGAUUUUUCAUGUGAAGGAAAACAGAAAUGUUGUUCCUCUUGCUGUGGAAAGAGCUGUAUGAAUCCAGAACAAGUGAGACCUGGGAAAUGUCCUCCUGUUAUCCUCAUAGGGUGUGUCAAACCUCAGAGAGAUAGAUGUUCGAAAGAUGCAGACUGCCCACAGCCAAUGAAAUGCUGUUAUAAACCCUGUUCACGUCAUUGUAUGGAUGUUAGAAAAGGAUAAACUAAUAGCUUGACAUGGACCCAUGGUAAUCAUGCCUUGCACAACCAUCCAUUGCUUACCUCUGUUGGCUUAACGAAGGAUUCGUUGAUGGUUUAAAUUUACGAUUGUGUUUACUGAAUUGUAUUUCUUUUGCUAUCAUUUAAUUGAGCUUUUGAGUGUUUUAACUGAGUUUUUAGAUCUCAACUGAGCCAAAGUUUCUAAGCCUGAACUUUAAAAAGCAUGCUUAUGUGAUUGGCUUCCAAAUAAAGAGCUUUUAGCAUGUAUUUAUCAUAUCUUAAGUUUCAUGGGAA